AGACGCGACAGAGUACUCGGCAAUUAUUUUCCAAACUGUUAUUAGCUUUUCUAUCAAAUCACGAUAAAGCUGCAAUGAGCACGAAACAUUUCUAGUAGGGGCACCAAGCAGAUAACAACGGAUUAGACAAUGAAAGCGCUAUUCAUAAUAAGUUUAUUAAUAAUUCCUUUGCUUUUAAUAGUUUUCCGGCCAGAGCAUAAGCCAAACACAUUAACAACGCUGGAACGAGUUGAAAGGGCAGGUUAUGCUUGCAAAACAUACGAAAUUUUUACCAAAGAUGGCUAUGGCCUUAGCAUUUUUCGCAUUGGCAAUUCUAAAGCAAAUAGAUCUGGAAGAUCUUCAUCAACAACGACACCACAAUCAAAACCGGUGGUGCUUUUAAUGCACGGUAUAACCAGUUCAUCAGAUGUUUGGGUCAUCGAAGGCUUGGCGAAUCCUUUGGCCUAUGAUUUGGUGGAUCAGGGCUAUGAUGUGUGGUUGGGUAACAGCCGCGGAAAUGCCUACGGCUUAAGGCAUUUGAAUAUGUCUUCGGAGGAUAGACAAUUUUGGAGAUUUACAUUUCAUGAAAUUGGUACCAUCGAUUUGCCUGACAUCAUAGAUUUUAUUUUGAAACAAACCCAUGAGACGUCUCUUCAUUAUGUGGGCUACUCCCAGGGAACAUCAAUUGGAUUUGUUUUGCUAUCCACACAGCCGCAAUAUAACAUGAAAUUUAAAACCAUAAACAUGCUUGCCCCCGUGGUGUAUAUUAACCAUAUUCGCACUGUCUUGAAGCAUCUAGCAGGAUUCGUAGGUACUUACACUCCCCUCUAUCCUUUCCUGAGUGACCUGCCUAUGUUCGGAUCAAAGAUUCUACGUUAUCUGCUGGGCAUAGAGGCAUGUCGUAGUGUGCAUGCAAAUCCAACGUUUUGUGCUUUUAUUGUACAUCGUUUAUUCGGUGGAUAUUCGGGCUAUAUGGAUAAGUCUAUUUUGCCCGAUUUAUUUAAUAGUCAACCAACUACAUGUUCUUUGCAUCAAGCUCUGCAUUUUUUGCAACUUUACCAUUCCAAACAAUUUCUUCAGUAUGACCUUGGCCCUGAAGGCAACCAAAGGCGCUACAAUCAGUCAACCCCACCUCUAUACAACUUGUCAAACAUUAAUCCCAGAUAUCCCAUACAUUUGUUCUACAGCGACUAUGAUGAGUAUUCUUCGAAAAAAGAUGCCGAAGCAUUGGCCGAGAUAUUGGGAAAUAGGAGCGCAACUCAUUUUAUUGAUCUGGAACACUUUGCCCAUGUUGACUUUGUAUGGGGUUCCAACAUUAAGGAGGUUAUUAAUAAACCUAUUUUGGAAAUAAUAAAUGCAGCGGAAAAGAAUUCUGCGGCAUGAUUCUAGUCCGUCCAGAUGAUCAAAACCUCAUUUAAGAUUAUGGCAUGGUGUUCGAAUUUGGCGAAAUUCAAUUUCAUUUAUAGAGACCAAGUAAGUUAUUAUGUGAAAGCGUAAAGCUAUCAGGUGCACACCAGGGUGGUUGGAAACCGGGUUAGGUAUGAUGUAAAAAAUAAUUUGAUUUUGAUUAAAAACUUUUUUAAAUGUUGAAAAAAAAAAUAAAAUUUUUUGGAUUAUAAAAAUUUUAAUAAAA